AGUUAGUUCCCUUUACAUAGCUCUUCAUUGCUGAUGAACACUAAAGUAAGUUGUGUGCGACGUGUAUCUACGUCAGCCAGUUUUAGUCAGACCGAACUCCUGCUGUCAUAGGGAUGGAUGUGCCACCUGGCUUCAGACAGCGUAAGUCUGCAACGCAGAAGAAACGAAACAACCGGAAUGCCCCGUCCAGACCUCCGCUGUUCGAAGACACAAGUAACCAACAACCUCCUUAUGGCUACCCAAAUGAAGGUUACCCACCCAGCUCUGGGCCAAACCCCUAUGGACAGCAGCCCCCCCAUAUCAAUUUCCCUGGAGGCCAACUACUCAAUGACCCAAUGGCCUCUAUGGCAAUGCAAUAUGGGUCUUCACUUGCCGAUCAAGGAAAAGAAUACAUGCAUAAAAAUCUAGAAAAGUAUGUCUCCACGUCCAAACUGAAAUACUAUUUUGCUGUGGACACCAGUUAUGUUGGCAAGAAACUCACUCUUCUCCUAUUCCCCUACUCACAUACAGAUUGGUCAAUUCAUUUUAGUCCAGGGGAACUUGUGGCACCAAAAGAUGAGCUUAAUGCUCCAGAUCUUUACAUACCUGUGAUGGCUCUUGUUACAUACAUUCUCACUGCUGGUGUAGUGAUGGGCAUUCAAAACAGAUUUACUCCAGAGCAGCUUGGAAUCCAAGCAAGUUCAGCUUUAGUGUGGCUUAUACUGGAACUGUUUAUUGUUAUGCUCAGCUUGUACAUACUCAACUUGAAUACUGGCCUCAAAUAUCUCGACACCCUUGCCUAUUCAGGGUAUAAAUAUGUAGGGAUGAUAAUUAUUUUAUUGGCUGGAUUAUUAUUCAAGAAAACUGGUUAUUAUUUCUCACUGCUGUGGUUUACAUUUUCAACAGCAUACUUCUUGGUGAAAACUUUGAGGAUCCAGAUCCUGCCGCAUGCAGACUCUGAUGGAUUUACCCGAGGAAGCAAACGCAGCCUUUACUUCAUUCUUUCCAUAUCUCUGUUGCAACCUAUAUUGAUGGGAUGGCUAACAUACCAUAUCAUAUUUCCCCACUGAAGACUUUGAUAUAUUUUCUGGAUGUUUUGAGUGGGAACGCAUGCACAUAUACACUCACACACAUGCUUUUAAAUAUGACUAGAGAUACACAAAGUAACACUUAUACAUAUAAAGGCUCAUAGCUAAACAUAUAUCCAUAUAAAAGCAUACAUACAUUAAAGACAUAAAUACUGGCAUGUAUUCAUACACACACAUGCAUAUAAGCACACACUCACAUAUAUAAAAAUAAACUCUUAAACAUGUGCUCUUUGUUUAUCACUAGAUACAUCUUUUAAGUUUCUAGAAUCCAUUUCCUUAAGAUAUUUCUCGCAACAUGACAUGCUACUUACACAAAAAUAACAAAAGAAGAGAUAAUAAUAGUCAAAAGCAUUUCAUUCUACAUCUUAAAUACCCUUGUUUAAUUUUUUCACCUUAUUUUCAAAACCAAAUAUUUUCUUGUUGCUUCUCUUCUGUCGUUAUGAAAUGCCAUUUAUAUAUUUUAAUUAAAUUUCAAUCUGUUUCCUUCAAUUUAACCUGUAUUUUUUUUCUCAUUAUUUUGUUGCAAUUAACAAUAUAUUUUUUAAACCCUUGCUUCGAGUAAAACUGAAAUUUUUUUCCUGUUUUGUUCAGAUUUUUUUUAAAAUGGUGGGGAAAUAUUUAAAACCUACAAAAGAAAACAAAAACUGAUAAAAUUAUUUCUGUUUAGGGAAUUUCUUAUUUAAAAAAAAAAAUUCUGUUACUGAAUUGUUAGAUACUGACCCUUUAUAAACCCCUUUACUUCUAUCACAAGUGUUACAAUUUUUACAUUGUGGUACAGCACUAUGCUCUUGUGCUGUCUGCAUUAAACAUUACUCUUCUUGUCAGGAGGCCAGAUGAUGCAACACAAGUACAGAUGCUAAUGUUAUGUCAUUCUAGUUGUGAGUGUGGUUGGGAUGAUGUUAGUGUUUGAUUGAAGACUUUCAGAAUCACUCAGUCAAGUCCUAACAUUUGGAAAAUGUUAAGUAUUGAUUGAAGAAAGCUUUACAGAACUUGAUGUGAAAAAAAACAGACCUCAAAAGACGAUUAAUAAAGAAAAAAUUUGGUGAUUGGAAGGCUAAUGAAUUUAUUAUCUUAUAGAUAAUGACAAAUUUAUGCUCCAACUUUGCUUAUCCGUAUCUUAUUUGUAUAAUGUCCUCAUGCGUCAUUGCAGAGAUCAACAGUGAUUAAUGGCUGACUACCUUUGUUUUAUUUAUUUUUUUUUUAAUUUGUGAAAUUUGUUCAGUGUUCAUCAAACUAGUAAAAUAGCUCCCUUUUUUUUAAUUGAGAAGCAAUCUAGUUUGUGAUUGUGGCUGGACCAUAGAAAGAGAGCUUCUGCUACAGAACUUUAUACUAAAUGCUAAUGGGAACAUUUUAAUAAUUUUCCAACUCAUACUUAACAUGGAGUAAUUUUAUAUGUAAAUAAAAAAGGAAUAUGCACAGUGAAAAAUAAAUUUGUUCUGUUCUAUAUGAAUGAAUGAAAUCAUAUAUUCAUUUGUAUUUCUGUUGUGUGAAUGACAAGUUAUCAAAAACAAAAUGAAGUUAGUGUUGCAUUUAUUUGUGCCAGUUUGUUGGCCAAAUGAUAGUUUAUAUUUCAUCAGUGUGCACUGAAUUCUUGGGGAAGACACUCAACUUUCAAUGACACAGUCUACCUAGGUAAACAUAAAACAAUAAAAAUGGUUUACUGCUGAGAUUAAUGAAAGUGUCAUUAACCGACAAUGUUUAUGCUUUAAAUCCUUCCACAGGCCCAGAGAAUGAAAUAAGAAACUACAUACUCCUUUGUAGUUUCUUUGGAAUCACUCAAGAAAGACCAAAUCUUUAGCUUUACUCCAAUGUCCAGUAUGAUAAUGAUAGUAAUUCAAUAGACAACUAUCUCUGUUGGGGGUGAAAUAUUUCGGUAAAUGUUUAUAAAAACCAACAAUGACUUUUUGCAUCUGAAGCAAUAAAAGUGUGAUUUUCUGAA